AUGAGUAAUAAUGUUGAUAUGACUGAAUCAAUUUCAAUGGAUGAAUCUUCAAAUAAAAUUCAACAACAAAAAGAAGAUGAUGAACAGCAUCGUCAGUGUGUUAAUGAAUUACGUAAUAUUUUUCUUCAAGUUCAUCGUUGUCAACAAGAACCAGAUAAACAUGUAAGUCUUCAUAGUCUAAUUUUUCUUGCUAAAAAAAAACCACAAUUUGCAAAAAUGAAUUUUCAAAAUUAUUUAUUUGAAUAA